UAUUUGUUGGGCUGCAUCUAACCGUUGAUCCCCUGAUCGUGUGACUGCAAGUCUGCGACUGCUCUGUGUGCUCAGUUGUCUACAAGCAUUUCUUAGUGACGAAACCCUAGCCCUAACCCCUAAAAGCCCCCGGAAAUCUAUCUCGUCUAUUCCUUUAAUAGUUGUACGAUUUUGGUUUUCUAUUUUGUGUGUUUUGCUUCUCAUGGUUCUGUGAUUUAUUCUAUACUUUGAAACAAAUGGAGCGAGUGGAUAAAUUUUUUCGUAACAUUUCAAAGGACUUGAAGUCUGCUUCUUCCUCGUCUGAGAGUCCAUACAGUUUCAGUGGAAAAGAAGGACUGGCUACCGCUCUAUCUUCUUCUGAUCAAUCUCGUGUUCUGAUGACUAGGCCUAACAGACAUAUGGUUUCCCUGUGGACCUGUUCGAAGCUCUGUUCAAUUUUCUUUGUUGCUGGAGUUGUAGUUGGUUACACGUUGAAGACACGUGUUCGGAGAUGGGCUUCUAAGCUUCUCAAGAGAUUGAAAGAUGAUUGAUGCUAAAUAUCCUUCAUUUCCUGCUGUUUUUGAAUAUUGCAAUUUGAGGAACUCACUAGCUUAUUAUAUGAAGAAAUAGGACUUGGAAAUCGCUGGAGUUAUGUUCUCUCUUGUCUUUAUGUCAUGCCAAUGCCAUGAUUCUUGAAUUACUAUAGAUUAUUCAUUGACAGGUGACUCCUGUUAAGUUUUGUUGGUAAUCGUAAAAGGGUAACCCUUCGGUGAUUGUUAAUACA